AUGAAUUGGCUGCGGGGCGCGUCUGCGCCUACGACCAGCAGCUGCUUCGGCGCCGGGCGCUAUGAUGAAGGACUUGAAGGAGAUCCCGAGUCGGAGGACUCGAGGCGGCCCAGUCUCAGCUCAGCGCAGGUGAACCCUGCACCUCCGUUUCAGGUGCGAAAGCCUCCACCCCCUACCUCGACCUCUGCCGAGGACCUGCGCGACUGGGUGGUUUUGUCUAUCGACUGUUUCCAGGAGGCGGUGCAGGCAGAGCUAAGCACCUUGCGGCAACGCUUCGAGGAGACGGAGAAGGAAAAUGGGAGGCAAUUCCGACAGCUCUACGGGAGCUUGAAGCACGACGCGGACCUGAUCAAGAGGACCCAGGCGGCCUCCGUGGCAGCCAAUGAGAAUGCCCAGAUACUGGAGGAGAAGGUGAACAACCUGAACUUUGACGACGAGAAGUUCGCCCAUCUGCGGCAAGAGGUCCGAGAGGCGGUGCAGUACCUCGAUGAGGUGAAGAUCAGGCGCCUGACAAGUCAAUGCAGCAAGGUGGAGCACGUACUGCAAAAGUCUGUCACCAAGAUCCUCGCGGACUGCAAAGAUUUGGACCACCGACUGACGCUGCAGUCGGUGGCUGCCAGUACCUUCAGCCUCAAGGCCAUCGCCCUGAGCGAAGAGCAGAGGACAAAGAGCCUCAAGUACCUGAGUGGCGAAGAGCUGCGCAUCAAGGAGAGGAUGACUGGCACGCCCAGAAACCGCCUCUCCGAUGAAGAUAUCCUUCUUGAGCUCAACACAGCUGCGAGGCCGGAGGUGAGCGAGAGGCCGUUGGCGCUGAUGUCGGGGCCAGGGCCGCUUGAGCAGAAGAGCACUGAUGGCAAAGGCGUCUUGGAGCUUUUGGCUGCCGAGGUGUUUGUCCUCAACGCAUUUGAGCUCGAUGAGUACCAUCGCAAGAUGUGCACCGAGUUCCUCAACAAGAAGGCAUCGGAGCUGCGUGGCGGGCCCACGCUGGCAGUGCUGCAGGAGAUCCACUCCCAAGCCCUCCGCGCCUCGGAAUCUGCCGCGCGGCGAGAGAUUCGUCAACUCUGA